AUGACUGCUCGCCAGAACCUGGACAACGACAUGCUUGCGAUUGUGUAUCAGAUGCCUGAGGAUGCCUUAGAGGCUAAUGGUAACAGCCUGAUAUCCAAGCUCCGUGACUUUGGCAUCUCCUUACUCAACGAGAAAACAAACCCGGAAACCUCAUUCCUGAACCUAGACCGAUUAUUGUUCAAGCUUGACAGACUUGACGUCCAGCCAGGAUCUCAGAUCGACUCAACAAGUCCUGUUCUUUCAAUGACAAACCCAUAUGGUCUACCAUAA